UCUGGUCAGAGCCCCUGCCUUACAAGCAGAAGCUGCAGGACACUGACAGAGGGAGAAGUUGGGAGAACAGACCAAGUAACAGAACAUGGCCCAAAUCCAGCAGCCGGAGCCACCGAAAGAGAACAGAACUGUCCCAGACAACCUGACCAAGGAGAUCGACCUGGUGCAGAGGGACCCCAAAAAUAUCAACCAGGAGGUGGUGCAGGUGGAUUUUGAGGACGUCAUCGCAGAACCAGACAGCAUCCACAGCUUUGACGGGGUGUGGAAAGCAAGCAGCACCACCUUCACCGUCACUAAAUAUUGGUGUUACCGUGUGCUCUCUGCUAUUUUCGGCCUACCCCUGGCUCUGCUCUGGGGCUUCCUCUUCGCUUGUCUGUCAUUCUGUCACAUCUGGGCUGUAGUUCCCUGCGUCAAGAGUUACCUCAUGGAAAUCCAAUGCCUGGGCCAAUUCUACUCCGCGUGUGUCCGUACCUUCUGUGACCCAAUCUUUGAGACUGUUGGCAAAGCACUGGGUGGCAUUCGGGUGGCGCUCAGGAAAGAAGUCUGAAGGCCAAAAACUAAACUGAAGCCAACAGACAAUGGGCUGCUGCGGUUAAUAUAUGCAAAAAAAAUUCUAUAAAGAUGGUCCUUCAAAGAACUCACUUUCAAUUACCAAUAUCAUUAAGCCAAUGGACCAGAUUAGGUUCAAAACCCAAAGAAGCACACAAAACAGAAGAGGGUAUAAAUACCAUAUUUUAUUGGCAUUGUAUGCACAAACAGCUGUAUUUUGGUGAGAACUGGAGAAGGAGUAGAGAAUACAAGGCCUCGGUUAUAUAGUCUUAUGCAUCCAUAGCCACAGACGUUCUUUCAAGACUCCACACGGGCCCCGAAUAUUUCAAGAAGUCAAUCUAUUCUCCCCAACUUGAAGGUCACAGUAAGGUAUGGAUAGUCUACGGCUCUUCUCAUUACACACGGGGGGGGAUAGGAUCAUGGGUACCCUAGAGCGUUGGUAACCCAACUGCCAGAGCGCUUUAUUUGGCAGGGAGAAGCAAUGACAGAGGGUGGUAACACUGUAGGGGGGAACCACAAAGCGGGGAUCCAAGCAAAGCUACAAGAACAGACAAUCUAAGAAAGGUGCGAGGUCCGCAGAACCAUUGGCUGUCUUUUGUGCCAUUAAUGUGGGAAAUGUAUUUGAACCAUAAGCUGCCUGAUUGACCCGGAUGUCUCAUUCCUGUCACAAUGGAUGAUAAUAAAAAGAUUUUGUGUAUACAUUGUGCGGUUUAUUUGGCUGGAGUUAUAGCCGAUCUUCCUAUGUAGGAUUCUUGGUUGCUGCAUAUGUUGGCUUUAAACAUAAAAUAAUAGGGAAAAUUAAAUCUGAAAAUUAAAAUGGUCAGUACACCCGCUAACAGGAUGGAAAUGAGGGACAAAAAGAGGUAUAACCAAACGACUAGGCGCUGCUGAUCUCCGGAUACAAUGGGAUUUGGUGCAACCUGACUGAUAUAUGUUCUCUCCCAUAGCAGCCUUAGAGCUUGUUCACAUCUCCGGUAACCUGAUCUGGAUCCCCAUUGACUAUAAUGGGAUCCAGUAGUGAUCCGUCUGUUACCAGAAUAAAUGCUGGGUUUCGGAUGGACAAAUACCGCUACAUGCAGCGGUAUUUGUCCAGCCGACAGUCGGCGUUGAUGCUGGAACAGGCUACCGAAUGAACCUGCCAGAUUUAGAAACGGCAACUGUGAACGUACUCUUAGCAUGUUCGCGUGGGAGCGCGAUUUCCUGUAGUGAACUCUACUCCCGUGACAGAACUGCACAGCAUUAUAAUAAUUUAUAAUGCUGUGUGUCUCUGCCCGACCUCCACUGAAAUAUGUGAGCACAAGUCAUUACAGUGGAGGUCGGGCAGGGACACACAGCAUUAAAAAUCAUUAUAAUGUUGCGAGGUCACGAGUGUCCACACAAAGCGCGUUUCUCACAUUGGACUCGCUCGUUGGAAACUGCCCAUAGGCAGCGGGCUUGCUGCCCUCAUGAAUUUAUUGGCUUGAAGAUACCCUCUUGCAACUUUUACUAAAUUUAUUCACAUGCUUUCUAGCACAAGGUAGCAUAUCCCUUUCCAAUGUCUGUGCACACUGUAUAUCUGUACAGCAUAACCAUAGGCUAGCCAUACCAUAUCCAAUGGCUGGCUAGAAGCUGACACUUUUUGUAAGCAGGGACUCAAUGUUAGGCUAUAUUCACAUCUUCUUUUUGUAUAAUGCAUGUGUCUAAAGUCGGUCUUGGUGCAUACUUUGAACACCCAGCACAUGACAAGAUGUAAUUUGGGCAUACCUUUUAAUUCACUAUAUAGGAAACGCUUUCCUAUGCAGAGCGACAUACUGCGCUGUAAAUGGAAGUCAAUGGACGAUGUAUUCCACUGGAGGUCUAUACAGUGGGAUAGGUUGCAGGUAUACAUCUGGAAAUCCUCCUGACACGUACCUCAGACGCACAGGCUCAUACUAAAAUCUGUGUCCAAUUUUUGUGUACCGCCACUACAGGGGAAAUGGAGUAGUACUCCAUUCCUACUGAAAUCAUUGGACUGCCCAUGUCGUACUCAGAUCGGACAUAUUGAAAUCUAACUACCCGAUCUUUAACUCCCUUGAGGCCCUCAUAUGUAUCAGAUGGUUGGCUGGUCUGGCCAACAUUUAUCUAAUGUGUAUGGCCAGCCUAAGUAUCAAUACCAGGGGCAUCAAGAGGAAAUUGUACAUCUCAAUGGGAGAAAUCCCUUUAAAUAAAGGCUACUACAAGAUGCCCUAAUAGAGAAAGACUAGGGCAGGGAUCAGCAACCUUCGGCACUCCAGCUUUGGCACUCCAGCUACAAUUCCCAGCAUGCAAACAUGCUCAGCAGCUCUUCUAACUCCCAUAGAAGUGAAUGGAGCAUUCUGGGAGUUGUAGUUUCUGAACAGCUAGAGUGCCGGAGGUUGCUGAUCCCUGGGCUAGGGUGUAUUUGCUUUUGAACACAGUCUCAAAGGGCCUCCUCUCAGUGACCGAAGUGCCAGUGGGCUUCUACUCACUUACACCAGUGGUG